AAAUUGAAGCUACGUCUAAUGCGCAUGCGCCGGAAACAGGAAAUAGCGAUAAUGUGGCACUGAGUGAUUCAUCUUGUUUGUUAUAUACGAUCUUUGCAGCAACUCAUCUGACAGCAAGCGAGUUCCAACAGCCACGAAGAAAACAAAGCUGGGUGGGGUGAAGAGGCAGGGGGUUCAGCCCUUGUCCUCCUUCCCAACCUCUGAGUGAACCAGCCAGCCAUGGACGACAGUUCCUUGCUGCGCAAAGUCAGUAGCUCCACAGAGUCCGUCACCACCGUCACCAGUGAAGAGUUUGUGUUGGUCCAGCCAAGUGCUACAGGGUCACCUCAAGCCUCUGAAGGGAAACCAAGGCUAAAAAUGUCUUGGAAUGGAAAUGAACAGUUGGAGAAAGCCAUGGAGGAAGUCUUUGGUGUUGAUGAUGAUGACAAGGAGGUUAAGGUGGAGAAGAGCAAUGUGGAGAGAAUGGAAAAGCACAAUAUCACGGAGAGUAAAGUUGAAGAGACACAAACAGCAGAAUUAUCCACAUGUCCAACAUCUGCCAUGCAAGAGGAGGACAGUGUCCAGUUCAACAAGCUCUCUUAUUUGGGUUGCACGUGGGUCAAGGCACCUCGCAAUGAAGCUGAAGCUCAAAGUGCAAUGACGACGUUGCGAGCUGAAAGUGCCAUCCCUAUUCCCAUCAUCCUGCAUGUCCCCUGUGGACCAGAAGGCUCUGUUAGGAUUGUGGAUCAAUGCACUGGGACCGAAAUCGCUUCCUUCCCUAUUUAUAAAGUCUUGUUCUGCGCCCGAGGAAGAGAUGGCUCUGUUGAAAGUGACUGCUUUUCCUUCACAGAGAGCUAUCGAAGCUCAGAGGACUUCCAGAUUCAUGUUUUCUCCUGUCACAUCAAGGAGGCUGUCAGCCGCAUCUUGUACAGCUUUUCCACAACCUUCCGCCGAUUGUCCCGCCCGACAUACAUGAGGGACUCGUUGCUGCCCAGCCCUCCUGACAGUGACCUUUAUACUUUCACUGUCUCCUUGGAGAUUAAGGAGGAUGAUGGCAAAGGCAACUUUAGUUCAGUUCCGAAGGACAGAGACAAGUUCUAUUUCAAGCUGCGACAGAGUGUCCAGAAAAAGGUCAUUAUUUCAGUCCAGCAGAUGUGCAACAAGAAACUCGACAUUGAGAGGUGCUUUGGGAUGCUACUAAGUCCUGGCCAGAAGGUGACCAACAGUGACAUGCAUCUAGUUGAGAUGGAGUCAAUGGGGAAGACCCCUGAUGGAAAAGGGUAUGUGAUCACAGGAAAGUGGAACCCAAAUAUCAGUGCUUUCCAACUGCUGAAUGAAGACACACCUAAAGAUAAGCAGGUAUACAUGACUGUUGCAGUGGACCUAGUUGUGACUGAGGUUGUGGAGCCUGUCCGAUUCCUCCUGGAAACUCUGGUCAGGGUUUAUCCGUCCAAUGAGCGCUUCUGGUACUUUAGCCGGAAAACUUUCAGUGAGACCUUCUACCUUAAACUACGCCAGCACACAGCAGAGAGAGUGGGUCAGGGUGAUACUGUCUAUGAGGUGGUCAGUCUGAAGAGGGAGGCAGAUGGAACUGUCGAAGAGCAUCCGGUUACGCCCACUGAGGAAGAGGAGGCUGAUGAAGAUAGUGACAGUGAACUCUCAAGUGGGACAGGAGAUGUUUCUAAAGACUGUCCAGAGAAGAUUUUGGAGUCCUGGGGCGGUGUGCUCAACAGAUGGCAUGGUAACCUGUCGAGCCGUCCGAAGGGCUUGUCCUCGUUGGUUCGCAGUGGCAUUCCCGAGGCACUCAGAGCUGAAGUCUGGCAGCUGCUGGCUGGUUGUCAUGACAACCACGACCUCCUGGAGCAAUACCGCAUCCUCAUCACCAAGGAUUCAACACAAGAGAGCGUCAUCACUCGUGACAUCCAUCGCACCUUUCCUGCACACGACUAUUUUAAGGAUUCGGAUGGAGAUGGUCAAGAUUCACUCUACAAGAUAUGUAAGGCCUACUCUGUCUACGAUGAGGAAAUUGGCUAUUGUCAGGGUCAGUCAUUCCUGGCUGCAGUUCUUCUACUUCAUAUGCCGGAGGAGCAGGCCUUUUGCGUGUUGGUUAAAAUCAUGUACGAGUAUGGCCUCAGAGCUCUCUACAAGAACAGCUUUGAAGAUCUUCAUUACAAGUUUUACCAGCUAGAGAGGUUGAUGCAGGAGCAACUCCCAGACCUGUGGUGUCAUUUCCAGGAGCUGAACUUAGAAGCUCACAUGUAUGCCUCCCAGUGGUUCCUCACCCUUUUCACGGCCAAGUUCCCCCUCUGCAUGGUUUUCCACAUUACCGACUUGCUGCUCUGUGAGGGUCUAAAUGUCAUUUUCAAUGUGGCUUUGGCUUUGUUGAAGACGUCUAAAGAAGAUCUCCUGCAGGCUGACUUUGAAGGAGCGCUCAAGUUCUUCAGAGUCCAGCUCCCAAAACGUUACAGAGCUGCGGAGAACGCCCGCAAGCUUAUGGAGCAGGCAUGCAACAUAAAGGUUCCAACCAAGAAGCUAAAGAAGUUUGAGAAAGAAUAUCAGACACUGAGAGAGAGCCAGUUGCAGCAAGAAGACCCCAUCGACCGAUAUCAGAGGGAGAACCGCCGACUCCAGGAGGCCAGUAUGCGACUGGAACAGGAAAACGACGACUUGGCUCAUGAGCUCGUCACCAGUAAGAUCGCCCUUCGUAAUGACCUGGACCAGGCAGAAGACAAGGCAGAUGUUUUGAAUAAAGAGUUGCUGAGCACCAAAGAGCGACUUGUGGAGACAGAGGAGGAGAAGAGACGACAGGAGGAGGAGACAUCACAGCUAAAGGAGGUUUUCAGAAGGGAACUGAAGAAGGCCGAGCUGGAGAUCAAGAAAACCACAGCGAUCAUUGCUGAAUACAAACAGAUCUGCUCUCAGCUGAGCACCAGGCUGGAGAAACAGCAGGCAGCCACAAAAGAAGAGCUGGAUAUUGUCAGGUGUAAAGUGAUGGGCUGUGACCAUUGUCGGGACCUGUUCAACAGUCUGGGAUCGCUGGAGGUGUCUUCUCCAAGGAAGGACAAGAGCAACGACGGUCCACUGGAUGAGGAGAAGGACGGACUGAAGGAGCAGCUCCGGCACCUGGAGCUGGAGCUGGCACAGACAAAACUGCAGCUGGUGGAGGCCAAGUGUCGAAUUCAGGAGCUGGAGCACCAGCGAGGAGUCCUGAUGACCGAGAUACAGGCAGCCAAAAACUCUUGGUUUAGCAAAACACUGGGCUCCCUAAAAAGCUCUUCAUUGUCUUCCUCCAGUUCUUCACCCCAGACCCCGUCCUCUGCUAAAGAGAGUCCUGCCUGAAGUCCCCAUUUGCCGAAACUUUAACGUAGCCCAAGCCAGUGGAGGUGGAACCGUGAAGCUGGUAUUACUGCUGGCGGCAGCCAGAACUUUCUAAAGCAGGACGGACGAGACGAGACACUUGCUCCCUAAUUUUGUCAAACUGAUCACGCCUGUCAAGUGAGGCUUUAAGUCCAUUUGAAAUGUCUCUGUUUUAACUCUUUUGCUGUUCUGAGAGUAGGUCAAUUAUCCAGGGUUACCUGGUGGUGGGACUCUGCAACUGCAAGUUCAAGAAUCGAAAACAGACGAAGAUAAUUUAAUAUAACAUGUUGCACUGUUUAACCUUUUGUCAGUUUUCAUAACCUGUAAAGCCAUAUUUUGUACAAGAGACAACAAUCACGUUAAGCAAACAAAACAUCUGUAUAAUGUUUUAGGUUUUGUUUUCUUUUUUAAAUAGUCAUCUGCUGCCCAUUGGGAGUUUAAAAAGGUUUCCUUUUCUACUGUUGCGAGACGUCAUGUCCAGGACUUGCUAUGCUUUUAUUCCAUUUCAAAUAUUGUUGUCUGCAUUUUCCGAUCAAAGCAGUCUUUUAGUUCUUUUGAUCUUGAAAACCAUUUUGGUGUCAAAUUGACAGCAGAACUUGACGAGUGUGUGCCAACAUUUUGGAGGGCGGUGUGUGGUGUCUGCCUUGAGCGUUUGUCAAUGUGUCCUCUCUUGCCCGCUUCCAAUUGCUGCCUUUUGUUGCUGAUAAUAGAAGCUGCUGCCAUCAUUUCUGUCACCGUUCUCUUGCACAACAGAAAACGUUUCUCUCCCAAGUUGUUUUCCACGCGCUUUCUCACCACGUUUCCAAGGAUUCUCUGACGGUCAGAAACAUCAUUGGCUGAAUUUUUUUUGGAAACACUCCUUCACCACUUCCUCAGCGUGCACUAACACUGAUGUUUUCUAAUGCUAAUGGAACGUGUGGGUUUGUUGCAGACGUGUGGAGCACAGAGCAAAGUUGGAAUGAGAGCACUGACUGAACUCUUCAGUGAUUGAUCUGCUUUAAUAAAUUUCAGCUUCUGUUACUCAGUGGAAUCAUGCUUGAUCGACCAUGGGGCAAAUCUGAGUCACUGAGGUCAGCUCUUCAACACAGUUCUCCAUUAUCUCCACUCAAAUCCUCCAAAGUCUGUGUGUUUUAGACUUAAGAUCCAACUCCCAUACGCUUGGUGGUGUCACAAAGACCAGGAUUGUGGAUAGUGGCCGAUAUCAGUGUUGGCCUCCUACAUCACCAGUGUGAACUACAGCGAUAUUUUAAUUUCAAAGCACAGUGCGCUAUUGAUGUCUUCGGAUAUCUCACUUCCAAAAAUUGUGUAGCCCUGGUGCAACUGUGUCCCUCCAGGAACGCUGUAUCAAACUGACAUCUCCCUCAUAGGCCAGCUAGUUCGAGGCCCCUAACACUUCAAAACUACGAUGGAUAAUUACUAAGAUUCUUGUUUACCGUUGAACAUUUAUUGUUCAUCCUGAUCAGACCAGCAUCACACCAGGCAGGCCCUCGGUUUCUAAUGUUCGACGCUUGACUCAUGCUGUUUACUCAAAUCAUUAAGACUGUCAUAUAGUCUUUGGGUACAUAAAAUACCUUUGGUCAGGUGGAGUGGCCACAAGUUUUUGCAACACUUCAGUGCAGAAUUCAUAAAAUGGCUUAAGUUGAGCAGAGUUCAGUCUGAUAAAUUCGAUAAAUUCUCCCUCAGUCAUUCUGUCCCGCGGGGAAGCCCUCUUUGCUGCUCAGUGAUUUUCAUGAAUAGAAAAGAAAUUAAUGGAGGAUUUUGGGCAUGAGCCAGAUGAUGAAUACAGUAUAUAAAGGAAGGACAAGGAUAGAAAAUGGCAAAAAAGGAAGAUGUGAAUUAAAUGCCAUCACU